AUGCGACACAUAGAGUGCCCUCCGUUCGACCGACGGAAUUAUGUGUAUUCUUGCCCGCAGCAUGCGGUGAUCGCUUCCUGUGUUGAACGAAGAUCGAACCGAUUUCGCAUUUCACGAGCUGGUCGUUCCAGCGUCGAUAACGUCAUGUCGGCAAUUGUUCCUUACCUCAGGUCUGAAUGGAAUCAAGUAAGCCGAGCGUUUGCUUCCCAGGAUCCAGGGGAAUGUUUGGAGGCGUACUUCACCGUUCUCACCUGGAAGUUAAGACGUGAGACAAAGUUGCCGUUGGUGAUCGAAGCUUCCGAGUACCUGUUGUUGGCGCGCGUUCAAGAGCAGCACAUGGGGACAUUGCCAAGUUCAGAUUCGAUUGUCCCUCUGCUGAAUCCAUUUGCCCUGAGCGCAAGUAUGAGAGCUUCGUAUGCUUUCGCCCUUUCGAGGCUGGUUACCAAUGCUUUUGCUUUGUUUUUGUCUAAGAAUGGACUUAGUCGCCUUUUAGGUGUGAAAGUAGUGAGGGUGAAACAGCAGCUUACUGCAGUAGAGGCUGGACUGAAUGAAAACUGCUUUGCCGCGACAUAUAGACCAACUCGGGACCACAAGCCGACCGCACGAUCAACCGGCAGCUUUGUCCUUCAAGAUAAUGCUGAGGUACGUAGCUUCUGGAUUCCUGUAGAACAUUUCGCUGCCUACGACAGUUCGAUCAUGACCAAUAGUUAA